GCCGCGUAUGCCCACCACGGAACCACGCGCUCUCACGCAACACACUUUUUCCACGCCUCGCGGAGGUACACGAGCUCGACUGUUUGACAGAUCAGAGCCGCCGCGCUGCGGUGAGCCAGAAGCCGUCCAGAAAUCGCUCUCUUCCUCCUCCCCGUGGCAAGGGCUUCCGGGGAGGGGUAGAAAAGCAUAAGUUCACGUCCCCGCUCCGUCCAUCUCAUCAUUCGCUGCCAUCAAUCGGUUUCUUGCAACCUCUUCCUGGCUCGACGCAUCAGCCGUGACCUGCGAAGCCUGCGUAUGCUGAGCCGCUGCCACCAGCGUCGCCAAAAGAAAUCACAAACGACACCAAGGACUCGACGAAAUCAUGGAUGGCGGUGACACCAUUCGCCCGACCAAUCACCACGUCCGCGUCCGUAUCAUGCUGCAGAUGGCUGUCGAUGGGCUCUGCGCUCCCGGUCGCCCGCGGAUUGUGGCUCUGCAGAAACGUGCAUGAGGUGCAGAGCCCUUCCCAGUAUCUGCGUCUGGCUGGCGCUGGAGUGCAGAAACCAACCCCCGGCAAGCCAUGCCGCACAAGCGUCACCACCGUUGCUCUGAGCCGUUUUGCGACGACGAGCAAUGAAGAAACUUGGUUGCUUAGUGCCUGUCAGCGCGUCGCGGAGGAGGACCUGACUUCAGCUUGGCGUCCUGAUCGUCCCCAGCGGCGCUUUUUCGACCGCUGCUCGUCGUCGCCUUAUCGCGAUCGCAGCUCGCAAAAGUUGGCACUCGAUCCGACCAUGCAGGGCCUUCUUGCACAGCACGGGUCGUGUGGUAAGAGAUCUUCAAAACGGCUGCCGCCCUCAAAGAUAGCAACCUUGUACGCAUGAGCCCGUGGGGUGUCCUGCGUGGGGUUAUAUUUUCCUUCGAACCACCUUUCCAACGGCCGGGCAGACCAAUCGCCGCCACGCAUGCGCAGACACCGUGUCCUUGUGGCGGCUUCAAGCUUUCGCAUUGUCCUCAAUCUCUCGCCCUUUGCUACCAGCCAUGGUCCGCUCCCAAAAUCAAAUCUCGUACCGCCUGGCCAGACGAUGGGUACUCUGUCUGCACUGACUGGUUCGACGGAACAAAGCGCCCACCGCUUGCCGGUUCUCCAGGCGCUCCCCGUUCAGCUGACCAGACUGUGUGGCCACGAAAGCUUGCGGAAGCCGUCCUUCCGCCCCGGCGUUUCGACAACCGCCUUUUUUGCCACGUUGUAGAGACGCAGAUCUGGUGUUGCACCUCCCGCUCUAAUCACCCCCAGCCGGGGAAUUAUCGUAAGGCCUCGCACUGCUCCUCCCCAGCCCUUCGCGCUGAGCAUCUGUCGUCUUCACGAGAAAGAUUCGGGACGCUACUCAUCACGUCCUUUUCCCGCACAGCACUCUUCAUCUGCCGGGGCCCUGGGUUCGUCAGGAAUUACGUGCAGGUGGCGUGUACUCCUGGCUGCAUUUUGCAUGUCCCAUCAAAUGCCCCCCCCAAAGAAUACCCAUGUUUGCUUCCGUUGCACACGGACGGCUGAAGCUCGCGCCCGGAUGUCGAUAUCCCAGGUUUUUUUUUCCUUUACCCUGAUCGCACGAAGACAAGAGACUCGUAGGGUUCUUUUUGCACCAUUGCCAGCGAACGGGGCUGGGAACGGCCCGCUCGCAAGCGUUAAAUGUACCUCCAUGUUUCGUCAAUCUUAGUUCGACGAUCUCGGUGACAAUGACUUUAUUCUAGCCUGUACAUGAGAGACCAC